AUGUGGGUCAAAGUUCCAAUUUGGGUUAAUCAUAUUGUUGAUCUUUCCCCUCCUAUUCUCCGGCCCGGUCCUCCACCAUCACCUCCACCAUCACCUGCUCAUCUUCGCUUCCAUAACAUUGUCAAUGGUGGCGAUUCUAGGGCCGUGCUCUGCCGAAAUGGCAAGGCGUUUCCUCUUUUGGUUGAUCACAAGCCGGAUCGUCUAGACGAGUUGAAGCGGAUCGAGGAGGCGGGUGGCCGGGUCAUAUACUGGGAUGGUCCACGGGUUCUCGGAGUUCUCGCCAUGUCAAGAGCCAUAGGUGACAAUUAUUUGAAGCCGUACGUGAGCUGUGAGCCAGAGGUGACGAUCACGGAUCGGACGGCGGAGGACGAGUGUUUGAUAUUGGCGAGCGAUGGCAUGUGGGACGUGGUGUCGAACGACACGGCGUGUGGGGUGGCGAGAAUGUGCCUGAGGGGGAAACGACUCGCGGCAGCGGAGGCGGAGACCGAUGGGUCGUCAUCGUCGUCGUCGGACAGGGCGUGCUCCGACGCUUCGAUGCUGCUGACGAAGCUGGCAUUGGCCAGGCACAGCACUGACAACGUGAGAGUGGUGGUCGUCGCCAGGAAGAAGGAGUGCUUGCUCUGGAAUUGA